AUGUUCCGAUUAAACAUCACCAUCCUCGCCCUCGCAUGGGCACUGCUCCAGACCCACCUCCCGCAGGUGCAUGCCUGGCCGACACCACCGAAGUGGCUCCCGCACUUCAAGAGCCAGCGUCCCCAGGAUGAUUAUGCGAAGCGCAACCUCAAGACCGUCUCGAGCAUCUACAAUCUCACUGUCUACCCCAACCAGCUGCCCAUCUUCCAGCACGGCGGUGUGGGCGUCCCCGACGGCUUAUUUAGCAAGGACGUGGUGGGACGCGUCGACCCCGUCGGCAACUUCACCGGGUUCGAGGAUUCGAUCGAGUACUUUUUCGCCCUGUCCCCGCUUCCCCAGGCCAACGCGGCCAAGGCGGCCAUCACGGGCUACAAGAUCACCGAGUUCAGCUCCCAAUGCCGCGGCGUCGCUUCUUCGGUGGUAUACCUCUACUGCAGCGUUGUGGACCCGGGCGGCCCCGACCACGGCAAACCACUACCACCGCUCAAGCAGAUAGCCUUCUGGCGGUUCGAUAAGUAUGGCGCUGUGGUCAAAUACGACGCUUGGAUCGCGAACCUCAACAGCUGGUUCGAGGCCACGGUCGGCGCCGACGUCACCGACCCGUACUUCCGCGCAGCUAGCAUCGAGCAGAUCUGCGCCGCCAGCCAGAUGCGGUGCCGAGGGCCGAACACCCAGUGGCACAGCAUCGAAGAGUGUGUGGCCGCGCUGUCCAAGAAGCGGUACGGCUCGUACGACGAAGCGUGGGGCGAUAACAUCGUGUGCCGGAGCAUCCACCUGGUGCUCACCCAGGUGCGCCCUGAUGUUCAUUGCGCUCACGUCGGACUGACGGGGGGCGGCAAGUGCGUCGAGGUGUCGUAUCCUGAGAACUUCUUUUCCGACGAGACGCUGUACGGGGAUCCCCCGGGCCAGACGUUUAUGUGUGACGAUGAGUAA